AUGGACUUUUCCGAGGUAAAAAACGGUUCCUCCAGAGCAGCUGCUUACAGUGAGAAAUCAGGUAGGAUCACCUCACUCCUGUUUCCGAAGAUCUCUCCUCAGAUCUUUCCUCCGUGGAGAAAGGGGAAUAUAGAAGCAAAAUGUCCCCCCCCCUCCCCAGAGACUGCCACUCCUGAAGAAGACCACAGUUGGCAAAUUCCCAUUAAUCACAAUGACUUCACAAUUUUAAAAACUAAUGAGAGUCAGCUGUGUGAAGUCCUUCAGAAUAAAUUUGACUGUAUCUGUACCCUGGUCUCUCCAUCCCUGGAGGGUAAUGGUGAGUCUCAGCGAGUCUUCAGAGAAAUGCUAAUUCCUGGGCUCGAGUUAUCUGUUUGGAAGGACGACCUCACCAGACAUGCUGUUGAUGCUGUGGUGAAUGCAGCCAAUGAAGACCUUAUUCAUGCGGGAGGCCUGGCCAAGGCCCUGGUGAAUGCUGGCGGCUUUGAAAUCCAAGAGGAGAGCAGAAGAUUAGUUUCCAGAGUGGGUAAAAUACCAACUGGUAAAAUAGCUACCACAAAAGCAGGGAGACUUCCCUGCAAAUUAAUUAUCCAUGCUGUUGGGCCUAGGUGGACAGCAAAAUAUUAUCAGACAUGUACCCAUAAGCUGCAAGAGGCCAUUAUAAGUAUUCUGAGUUAUGUUACCUUUAUCAAUCCAGACAUUGAGACGGUAGCAAUUCCAGCCCUGAGCUCUGGGAUUUUCCAGUUCCCUCUGGACUUAUGUACACAGAUCAUUGUGGAAACUAUCAGCUUUUAUUACCGAGAGAAGCAACCGACCACUAAUUUGAAAGAAAUUCACUUGGUAAGCAAUGAGCAUCCUACUGUUGCUGCCUUUAAAAAUGCUUCAGAAGUAAUCCUAAGGAUGAACAAGCUGGGAUCCCACAUGAGUCAAGAAGCCACCCCUCCUUUCAAGACAAUUAUCGUGAACAAUGUGACUCUCCAGAUUGUCCAGGGCUACAUUCAACUGCAGGAGACAGAUGUAAUUGUUAAUUCUGUAAAUCCACUCUGUGGUCUUAGAUAUGGACCUGUGUCAAUAUCAAUCCUACAACAAGCAGGAGAUGAAAUAGAAUUGGAAUUUGAUAAAAAAGUUACUGAGAUACAAGAUUCUCAGUUCGUAGUGGUCACAAAAGGAUUUAAAUUGCCCUGUCAAUACGUGUACCAUGUGUUGUGGCAUUCAAGAUGUUGCAAACAGACUAAGAUACUGAGAAUUGCAGUGAGGGAAUGUUUGGAGAAAUGCCUUGAACUAAAUAAAACUUCUAUUUCCUUUCCUGCCCUUGGGACUGGAAACAUUGGUAUACAGAGCAGUAUAGCAGCUGAGAUUAUGUUUGAUGAAGUUUUAACUUUUGCCAAAUGCCAUUUGAAAAAACAAUUAACUGUAAAGUUUGUGAUCUUUCCAGAAGACCUGGAGACAUAUAUGGCUUUCAGCGCUGAAGUGGCAGAGAGAAAAACCAAGCUACGUGAUUUCAAUAAUUACAGUGUCCCCCAGUUGACCAGAGAGGAGAAAAGAGAAAAUGGGCUCAAAGCUAAAUCUCCUGCCAUCAGUCUGAUGGGAUCCAACCUGGAAAAGAUGAAGGAGGCCCAAGCGUGGAUCCAAAGGAUACUGACCCCCCAGGACCACCAUAUCAUUGAGAACAAUCAUAUCCUCUACCUUGGGAAAAAGGAACAUGACAUUUUGACUCAGCUUCAGAAUACCUUAAGGGUCUCUAUCUCAGAGAUUAUCAGUCUGGAAAAGGCAAUUUUAGAGAUUAAAGGAGCCCAAGCUGACGUCAUUGAGGUCGUUAUGAACAUUGAACUUAUGCUGUGUGAAGUUCAAGAGGAGAUGGCAAGAAAAAAGGAGCUAGCCCUUUGGAGCUUGUCAGGACAAUGGACUGAUUGGCAACCCCAAAACCAGGAUGAAAUGAAAAGGAAUACAUUUCUGAGAUGCCUAAAGCUUUCAGCGGAGGAAAUUCAGGAUCAGAAGAAACAGUUUGAAAACUGUGGUUUGCAGGUUAUAAAGGUGGAGAAAAUAGACAACGCGGUUCUCAUGGCUGUCUUCCAAAAAAAGAAGAAAAUGAUGGAAGGGAGAACACAUGGGAAGCCUGUGAGCCACAGGCUGUUUCAGCAAAUUCCCUACCAGUUCUGUGAAGCGGUAUGCAGAGUUGGCUUUCAAAGAAUGUACUCGGCGCCCCGCGACCCAAAAUACGGAGUUGGUAUAUACUUCACCAAGAACCUGAAAAACCUAGCAUACCAGGUCAAGAAAACAUCAGCCAUAGAUGAACUGAUAUAUGUGUUUGACGCUGAAGUACUCACAGGCUCCUUCUGUCAGGGUCAUCAGUUACAUAUCGUUCCCCCACCAUUGAGUCCUGGAGACACAGAUUGCCAUGACAGUGUGGUUGACAAUGUCUCCAGCCCUGAAACCUUUGUUAUUUUUAGUAACACUCAGGCAAUGCCCCAGUAUUUGUGGACUUGCACCCAGAAUCAUGUACAGCCACAGAAUUACUCAUCAGGACCAAGGAUGCUGUCUUCACAGUAUCCUUGGAGCAAGAUUCUCAAGGGGUAGCACUGUUGAUUUACCUCCACAUUAUUUUAACAACCGGCAUGUGCUUGCUUUGGAGGAAGUCUCCAAAUAAUGACCAUCAGUGAGUCAAAGAGUGGUUUGAAUAUGUCAGAUGGGUUGUCCAUAUGAACCGAUUGGGUUAUUGAGGGGACCCACCACAAACUAGCAUCUUAGUUCUUUCAUCUUUGUCUUCACUUCUUGGGAUUGGGGUGGGUAGAUCCCAACCCAAACUCAGGACCGUUCCCUCUCCUUCAAGUUGUCCUUUUGUCUGUUUUACUACAGGUAACAGCAGAAAUGUUUUAUAUGUGAUGGGGUGUUUCUAGUAUAUAACCCAAGCCUUUUUAUUUUUCUAAAAUGAUAGUGUAACAGCAGGAUGAUUUUAUAUUUUCCAGAGAAUCUUGUAUAGUGUUUUAGAUAUCAAAAUAAACCACCUUUGUCU